AUGCAGCAAGCAACAACUGGAGAGCCGACAACUGGACAACAGCAAACCGCCGAAGCUAGUGUAACAGAAAGUCCUUCUUUACGGCCUCAAGAACAGGAGGUAGUCGUAGUUGGUUGUUUUGUAGUGGUUCUUAUAGGCCAACAUAUACAGUACUGGUUGGUUGUUUUGUCGAUCUAGUUGGUUGUUUUGAGUGGCUAACAUAUACAGUACUGCAUAGGCCGAGGAGUUUCUAGUACUAUUCUAUGCAUCCUAAAAGUACGACCUUUCUAUUUUGUUCACUUGUUAGCACCCUGUUCAAUUCUGACAUAGAAAAAUAUAUAGAAAUCUAGGAAGGUACUGAUACUGUCUGAGUCUGUCUGUGCCUUAAGUGGAUCUGUGCCUUAAGUGGCACUCUAAGAAAGUACUCGCACUACCCCUCUUUACGGCUACCUAUGUAGGAUCGUAUCUCACUCGCAAUCUACUCUAUAAUGAAGAAUAGUCGCAUCUACUCUAUCGUGAGAGUUUCAAAUCACUCAUCAUUUUUACUCUAACCCAACGAGGAGAGACUGGAGGCUCUUUCUUCUAUUAUCCGGAAAACAGAUCCGACUCUGAAAACGACGACCAGUCGGACGACGACAACAAGUCUGAAUACGAGGACGGGUCUGCAGAUUCUAGUGUGACCACCCUGCGACACCGUGGCAGUGCGGUUUAUGGCAAGCUGUUGUGUAACUAUUCGAAAUCUUAGAAUCAGCGAGUAAAUUCGAGGAUAGUUGUACUUUACUCGGAUAUUUCAGUUUUUCGAAUACUUGGUUUUGGAAGUGUUCCUCUCUGGUGACGAGCCUAUUAAUUAUAUUAAUCGACGUUCAACAUCUGGCACCGUCAUCAGAAUGUCACUUGUAACUCACGCUGUUGCUCGUUGAAGUAACUGCUUGCAUGUCAAUUGUCAAAAGCUAACUUGUGGAGGGCGUUGUGUGUAUCAAAUGCACACCUGAUGUCCACUCUAACACGCAGACGCGGACGAGGAUGGCGACGCAUAGCUGUCGUAGUUGUUUUGCUGGAUAUAGUUUUAUCGGGGGGUUUUGGUGGAUCUAGGUGUAGCAUUACUUAGAUGAAACUAGAAAUCAAUUAAAGGUGGAUUAGAUUUGGAUGGAAUAUUAGGAACACAAUUUUUACAACUUAGUAUGAUGUACGGGACCAAUUAUUAGACUUAGAUGAAACUUAGAUAUUUAUAUCAAGUACGUAACAAGUAACUGGAAUUGGAUGAUGAAACUAGAAAUCGACUCCGACUAACGAGCAAAAGCUGAAAGUCCAUGAAGAUGAAACCUGAGCCACAGUCACAAAUCAACUAAGUAACCGCUAAGUCCAUUGGAAGGAAACUACAACUAGAAAUCGGGACUUCUAAUGAAACACGUGUUGGGAAAUCAAGUAACAACCACAAAUCAACUAUGGUAUGAAGUGGCUAAGAUAUGGAUAUAAGGCUGGAUCAUGAGGAAAAUGCAAAUACUAAAGCACCAGAAGUCCUCUGCUCUACUUGCUGAAAAAAGUAGCCGUUAGGGGAACAGGGGGUAAGGAGGAUGAAAUUAAAUCCGAUUUAAUUAUAUGAAUCUGUUGUCGAUGUGCGGACGAGCGCGGGAUCCAUCCUACUCUUACAUCUGCGGAAGAUCUUUUAAUCAUUAUUUAUGAGUCUGUUGUUCUUUUUCUGUGUCUAAGGCUUAUUUUUCUGUGUAGGAGGCUUAGCUUUCUCAAUCUUGAAAUUCAAAAUUUUGGCGUCAUAAAUCAGUGUCUUUUUUGACCCCAACAGAUUGUAUGUUUGUUACUUCUUUGACUGGCGUUGUUUUUCAAUAGACGGUAGCCACUGUCAAUAGCAAGAAUCAACAAUAGUGAGCAUCAGAAGCGAGUAUCAAUAGCAAGAAUCAACAAUAGUGAGCAUCAGCGUUGUCAGGGAUAUUCAUCAGUGUCACCCUGAGCUCGUUGUACCGAAAUUCGUGUUUUUUGUAGAAGUGGUCUGAGCCUAAUUUCUGGAAUGGAUAAGUGCUAUGAAUAUUCAGACGCUUCAAGAGUUACCAAAAAGCGACCUCAGAGUGCAUCAUCUUAAAGUGGAAUUAAAGCCCGAGGAU